UGUUAAAGUACGCUUAAGUUUUCGUCCUAUUUCGUUUCAAUCAAUGAAUAUGAAAGAGAAAUGGUUAUAUUUUCAGAGUUUUCCCUUUCAUUUUCCAAUAGUGCCUUAGUAUUUUGGGUUGUGCGGAAAACUUAGCUGGUAUUUUCUGGUAAUUUCUGUGCGCGCAAAGUCUCAACUUCGAAACUGCAAUGGAUUUUUAGUGUAAAUUUUAUGUGGAAAUAUGAAUGUUUUCCUUCUUCGCAAAGACUACAGUUACCAUUGGUGGUUUUAUUGAUUUUUGGCUUUUAAAUUGAUGUUCCACAGAUUGGAGGGAGAACAAAGUUUGAAAUUCAAAAGAAUGAAAACCAAACUCACGUCCGUGAAUUACCUCGGUUUCACUGCAUUGGACAUAAGGUUCUCAAACGCCAUGCUACCGUGGCUGUUGAAGGAAAUUAGAGCUACCGGCAUCGCUGAUAAGUUGAGCAUAGCGGUCGAGGAUGGAUGUCUGAAGGCGUACAAUAGAAAUUUUGAGCCAGUCAUCGUCCACAGGCUGGUAGAUAUCAUAAGGGCCUGUCAAGUACCAGGUGUCCCAGAGGAGUUGUUCUACAUACUAUUUAAUGAGAAGGAGGGUCUUCUCCACUGCUACCUGUUCAGAGCUUCCACUAUUCAGGAGGUGACUGAUCUAUUCGGUCAGAUGCGCGAGUCUCCGCCGGGGGUGAACAGCCCCAAAGGCUCUACGGGGUCUCUUGGUGGAUCGGUGACCAAGAAUCUAGGCUUCCAGCAGCAACAAGCAGAGUUACCCUGGACCAGCCAAACUAUUUCAUUGCCAGGGAACUGCAAUUCCAACCUUGCAAGUGAACCUCAAGCCACGAUAGUACGCAGCGUGAGCAACGCUUCUGCCUUAACUUCCCUCUGCGCUGACCUGUCGCCUUCCGACUCGCAUUUCUUCGAAGUGCUGUACAUAGGAAAAGUUAGAAUAUCCCAAAGGAAAGUUCCAGAAUCAUUAAUUGAUGAUGCACUCAUCAAAUUUGCCCAGCAUGAAGCUGAGAAAAUCAAGAAUCAAAGGAGGCACAGUCUCUUGUCCUCUACUGAAACAUCAGUCGACAACAGUAGUAACUCUUCAGAAAAUGUUAACGUCAGUCAAAAUGAAAUAGAUAAAAAACUAAACCUAAGCCGGAGUACAACCCCACUGGAACCAGAUAAAAUCUCAAUAGUUAGUGAAACACUAUCAAAAACUAAGACUGAAUCGAACGAAAUCGACAAAGAGUUUGAUUUGUUUAGCAAGGAGAGAUUGGAAAGAAAUGUAGCAAAGAAAUUAGUAACUAAAGAUACUAUGGUAUUACCACUCAAUGUUCCUAAAAAUAAUCUGGGUACUGUAGAUGAGGAUGAAGAAAAAUUUGACACGAAUUCGGUUUUAUCUGAUACGGCAUCGUCUAUAACACAGUUUUGUCAAAAUAUAAGAAAUACCCCUGACAAAAGUUCGAUUGUUGAUUCUAAUGAAACCAUUUAUAAAGACUUUAAUCCUAUAGUAAAAGAUGCUAGUAAAAAAGUAGUUAACAAAUUAGUUGAUGAUAAAGAAAAAGAAAAUAGUCCCAUGAACUUUGAAGAGAUACCGAGAAAACCAAAGAUGUUAAAUGCUGCUACUGAAGGGGGUGAUGUAAGACGAUGUGCGAUGCCUGAAAACAGACCAUUUUUAAGAGACAGAUCUGCCUCGAUUGGCUCAUUAAAUGCUAAAACACCAAUCACACAAUUUCUAGGCGAACAAAACAGGACGAUGCUCUUUCAAGUAGGCCGUUCCGAACUAAGACUGAUAAGUCCUGACAGGAAACAGAUAUUACUGCACAGAGAAUUCAAAGAUGUUGCCAGUUGUGUACUUGGGAGGAUCAAUAAGGAGCACUUCGGCUUCGUCUGUAGGGAAACCAACGAUUCGUAUGCUUGCUACGUGUUCAAAUGCGAAAGUGAUUCCAUUGCCCAAGAAGUUAUCAAUGCAAUAAGACAAGCAUUCAUAGCGCACGCUGAACUACUGAAGAAAUCCAGAGAAAAGUCACCGAAUUUGAGCUGCGACCAUUGCCCGAUGGUGUGGUACCACAGACUGUGUCAUGAUGUAGAAGGUAUGAAUGAGAAGAGAGUUCACGCUUUCAUCCUCCGUCGUGUGGAGCAGUUGCCAGAAGAUGAACAGGAUCUCAUCAUCACCAAAUACCAGGGCGGGACCAAUCACAUGUACGAGGUGGGUGAACACAACGCGUUUCUGAUGAUGCUCCUCAGAACUCAUUGCGAAGCGAAGCAGUUAAGACAUGUUCACGAUACCGCAGAGAACAGAUCAGAGUUCCUAAAUCAGUAUUUAGGUGGCAGCACCAUCUUCAUGAAAGCCAAGAGGUCUCUGUCUAGUGGUUUCGAUCAUUUGCUGAAGAGGAAAGGCAGCAGAGAUGAUGGACUUUUUGUCAAGAAGGAUCCAUCACCUAUACCGAUCUCAUCACCGGUAGAAACUCCAACGGAACCACCGAAUACGGGCCCAAUAACACCCACCGACGGAAGUCGGAACAAGUCUUUACCACCAGCUGUACCAAUAAUCGAAGCAGAACAACAGCCAUACCCGGGAACCCCACCAGGUACCGUUGAUGGAGAUUAUGAAGAUGCAAAGGACGAUUGCACUACGCCAGUCGUAUCACCAAUGAUGGAUAUCUUCCUCAAAGUGAGCGACUCGAGGCCGCCCGCGACAGAAGCCGGUGGCGAACACGAUACCACCUGGCGUCAGGCCAUCUACGAAAAAGUCAUUCAUCCAACAGAAAACCAAGAAGGUCUUCUCAGUGCCCCACUUUCAAAAGGCAAACGGAGCAAAGAAGAAUUGAAGCGUUUAUGGAAGAUGGCGAUCGAUCAAACAUUACUUCUAGUCAGAAUGGAGAAAGAAAACGCUAAACUCAAAGAAAGCGAAGAGUCCUCAGCCGUUCGCCGAUUAAAGCUUGAAUAUUCGGAACUGGGUGUUUGUGACGCCGGAGUAACUCUAAUGUGGGACUCUUUAUUGUCACGCAAUGUAUCCCGUCCUAUCAGUAAAGUCGACAGGCAUAUGCUUACACAGGCUGUUAUACAAGGUGUUCCAAGAGUAUCCAGAGGUGGAGUUUGGUACUUCCUAGCAGAACAAGCUAGUCUGCGUUCCCCUCCACCAGAUGUGAGACAGUACCCUCUGUACCACGCGCCUUAUCGUACGCUGCUCGCCGGACUUACUAAGCAUCAGCAUGCUAUUCUCAUUGACCUAGGUCGGACUUUCCCAAAACACUCCUACUUCGCGUCAUCCUUUGGACCGGGUCAACUAGCAUUGUAUAACAUUCUAAAGGCGUAUUCCUUAUUGGACCCAGACGUGGGGUAUUGCCAAGGACUGAGUUUCGUGGCCGGAGUUCUGCUUAUGCAUAUGGAAGAGGCUGAAGCUUUUAUCCUACUUCGUCACUUGAUGUUCAGAAGGGGACUGAGAAAACAGUAUUUACCUGAUAUGAGUGCUUUACAAGUUCAGCUCUACCAACUUUCGCGAUUACUCCGCGACCACGAGCCCGAACUCCACGCCAAGCUGGAGUAUCUGGACAUCUCGCCCGCGCUAUACGCAGCACCCUGGAUGUUGACGCUGUUCACCAGUCAGUUCCCAUUGGGCUUCGUCGUCAGAGUUUUUGAUCUCAUAUUUCUACAAUCGUUGGACGUUGUAUUUUCCGUCUCGCUCGGUCUCCUAUCGGCACACAAGGACGGCCUGAUGAUGUGCGAAAGCUGUGAGGAAGCCGCCGAAUAUCUGAAGCAUAAACUCCCAGACAUCGACAAGGACAUUUACGAGAAAAUCAUGAGAAAGGUUCACUCUCUAGACAUAUCACGGCAAUUGAAUGACUAUGCCGUGGAAUACGCAGUACUCCGUGAAGAGAUGCCGCGACUGGCUACGCUUACUGAGGAUAAUAGACUUUUAACGAACGACAAGAACCGAAUGACCGAGGAGUUGGAUUUGGCAAUGGACGCGAUAACGAACUACCAAAAGACCCAAGCGCGUUUGGAAAUGCAAAACAAAUUAAUGGAGCAGCAACUCACCUUGCUUAGUCGCUACAUAUCCGCCAAUAAUCGUCAAGAAGUCCCCAUCGAGAUCAAGAAAAUCGUCCAAACGUACUGCAAAAAGCUCUCGUUCAGCUCCAAAAUAACCUCUUUCGGUUCAAAAUUCACUUCAGACGAAGACGAUAGCAAAAAAGUGUUCAAAACUGGCAUAUCUGCGCCAAAUUUGUUCGCGAAAAUCACUAAAGAGGACGUAAUGAACGCUGUGAACAACAGAGACAAACUCACGCCACCGAACGAUAAGAAAAUAUUCCUAAUGAAGAAAUCACAGUCGGUCCACUCGGGCCUGAUUGCGAACAACUUGAAGAACUACCCUCUGAAAGUAUUGGAUGAAAAAUCCGAGAUGGAUUACAAGAAAUCGGAAAGUAUAAGCGGUGACACGAUAAAAGAUUCCUUAAAGGAAUUGGGUAAGAAGCAAUCUGGCUUUUCCGCCAACACUCACGAGCAGAUAAGACAAGAAAGGUUUUAUGAGCAACAACUGAAACACGAUUUUGAUGAAAAUCUGAAAAGGUUUGAUGAGAAAAUCCAACCGAAGUCUUAUUUGGACGACUUGAGCCUCUUCCAAAGCAGAAAGUGUAUGUCUUUGAACUUGCAAAGGGACACGAGAGACGGUAAAGAUAGUGGUUUCGUGACACCAAUCAGCCCGGGAUAUGAUAAAAGAGAUGAUUCUUCAUCAAUUAUUUCUCAUCCUUUAAGCGAUGUAGAUGUUGAUAUUAAAUUCGAUGGACAAUCAACGAAAUUGAAACAAAUAAGACCUAUCAAACAACAAACAACUGUCAAUAAGCACAUAUAGCGAAAUUGUAAUUGGAAUGGGCUUCUGAUGGGAUUUUCGUGCAAGAUGUAGGUUGAUUUGUCUAUAUGUUAUGUCGUUACUUUAAAAAAUAUGUGAUUUUUUUGGGUUUUAUUAUUUUUAUAUAUACCCUACCUUCAUAACUUUGAAAUGCAUAUUUUAAUGACUAUAGUCGUCGAAGAUAGUCUCUAAUUUUUUCGAUGAUUUCCUUUAAAAAGUGUGGUUAUUUUAAGUACCUAUCCAAAUGUCUGUUGGAUUGCAUCUUAUGUGAAAUCCUAGUACCCAAUGUGAAUAUUCAUAAUAAACUACUACAAAAAAGUUGUUCAUACAAAGUGUUCAUUUAUAGAAAUGAAAAUUUUGAAAAUUUUUUGACCUAUGUACUUAUAUAGCUUCUUGUUAUUUCUAUUUAUCACGUCUUAUUUUCAUGCGAAAAUAUAGUAAAUAAAAAAUCAAAAUUCCUUCAAAAAAGCUCUACCAUUAUGGAUUGAAAACGAAUAAAAACGCUUAAAAUUCCACGAUCAUGUUGUAGCUAUUGUAGCCGAAAUAAAAGUUAGUAUCGUUCAAAAUGUAGUACUUAACAAUUUAACUAAUUUACUCUCACACAAAAUGACUCGUAGCAUAUAAUUAAAUAUAUUUUUGUAGAUGGAUUAAGGAAGAUUUAGUAGGUAUAAAUUGCUUGUGAGCUUUUGCUAUUUUGGUUUGAAAUCAUAGCUGUUCUCCGGUGAUCACACGUAUUUCAGCACAGGAGGCGCCGCACGCGCCGCAUUUAAAGUUCGUUAUAUGCAAUUUUUACGGAACCUCGCACACAUCCAUCAGCACCCUUAGCACGAACCAAUAUCGAUUUCGAAUAGUUUGCGAGUGCAAAUUGUCAAUGUCAAAUUUUGUAUGGAAACUUGAAUAGCAGCUUCACAAAGUACGUAACGAGAACUAAUAAACGUCUUAAGUGUAACAUUUGAAACCUCACCUUAUAUUAGUAAAAAAAGAAAUAAAACCUACUACAAAAGGAAUAAGCCAUUUGAACAUUAUGUUCUAAAAUCAUAUCAAAUAGCGCGCGCUUUCACUUGUUACACCUGUUACACACUUCCGUCCCAUUUCACGAAAUCACUCCUACAAAUUGCAGGAAAGCGAGAGGAAAGAUGUUACACAUCAAAAAAUCAUUACACAUUUGACAAUGACAUUUCGCUCUCGCAAACUACCUAUUCGAAUUUGAUAUUGGUUCGUGCUAAGGGUAUAGGUAAUAUUAUCUAUAUAAUAUUACCGUGGUUAUCUAUUUAAUAUUACCGUGGUACAGCCGCGUACGCGCCGCAUUUCGUAAAGUCUAUACGUGCGAUCAACUUUCAGGUGUGUUUUGUUUUAUUUUAUAUUCUUGCCAUUUAUAGUUAUUUUUAUGACAACAUACCGCUUCUAUGGGGGAUUUUUCCUAUUAUUAUAAGAAGGUAUUUUGUACUAAAUAAAACAGUUUUUAUUUACUCCAGACUUUAGCAUUCAUUUGAUGGGUUACUUUAAGUACCUAUUUAUCUUUCAAACUAUCGCCAUAAAAUAUAUCCAUUUUAAGCUAAUUUCAAAUAUGCAUAUUUUUACAAACGGUUAAAUAAUGUUUCAAUAGAUUGUAUUGAAUCUUAUUCCAUCAGCGCCAUAUUAAGAUAAAUGUUUUUUAAUUUAUUGUUAAAGAAUUAAGUCAAUUUAGCUAAUGUGUUUUAUAUUUUAGAUUUUUUAGAUGAAUAAAAUUUUUUACGUUAAUUUUUAUUGAAUAGGUACUAAGUGUAUAGCGCUUAGAGUAUUUAAGUUUUACAUGAUAUUAGUAAUUAGUACAUAAGUACUAAACUAAUGACAUAAUAGUUAUAAAGUAUCUCUAGAAUAAACAGAACGAUAUUUAUGGUUGGGGAGCCCAAAUGGGGAUUUUUGGAUUUACUCGAGCGCGGCAGAAUAACAUAAGCAACCUUGCACCUUCAUCAAACAUUUAGAAGAUUUGUUACGUGACCCCUACUGCAGAGUUUAUUUAAAAUACGGUCAUUUUGGCCGCGACCAUAAGUCAUGGUUUGAUGUUAAAAUUUUUUUUUGCUGCCCAAGACUUUCAGCCCUACAUGUAUGGGGUGAGUACUUUUACAAGGUGCAAGGUUGCCACCCUUAUGUUAUUCUGCCGCGCUCAAGUAAAUCCAAAAAUCCCCGCUUGGGCUCCCCUACUAUAAGUCUGUUACUAAUGUCAUGUUAACCUUACAAAUCAGCCUUAUUUCAAAAAUAACUGUAUUUUGAAGCACCACUAUUAUCAAAUAAGUGAAAAUUAACUAAUUUUAAGGAUAUAUUUAGUGAAUAUACAACUGCCUGCUAAUGAGUAUUUUCUGUAUGUGUGUAUAAAAAUGUAACUUAUUAUUUUAAAUAAACGUACUUAAAUAUAAGUACUUAUAUGUAAAUACUGAGAAGAGAAUCUAUAGCUACCUUCAUAUUGCCUAAUAUAUGAUACUUGUGUGAAAAAGCAAAAUAACAUUUAUCUAUUUUAAGCUUAGAUUAAAACAAAAAGGGAAGAUACGGCACUCGCGGCUCAAAAGUGAUCCGCUUAAAUUGUGGUGCAUGACCACAAUUCGCUUUAGUCACAAUUGGACAUUCAAACACGCGCAAUCUAUAGCUACCAACAAUAUUGCGUAUAAUCGGUGCUAUGAAGAUAAAACAAUGCCUUCGAUGGUUUAUAAAGAACGCAAAUAGUUCAAAAUCAAAUAAUUAUAUCUAUAUUUUAUUGUAUUAAAUUUCACAAAAACCGCUGUAGAAACUAUGUUAAAGAUAAAUAAAUAAAUAAAAAAAAAUAAGAAAUGCCUCGGCAACACUUUUCAUUCGUAAAACUCUAAAAACAUUUUUUUCUCAAAAAUCACGUUAUCAAAUACGUUGCAUUGAAGCGUAUAGUUCUGUCUCGCUCGCUCGAUUGAAUAUUUAUAUACAGACUUGCGCGUGUGUGAGAGUUGCUUAUAUAGUUGAGUCGGAUCAUAUUUUAUUUGAUGCUAGUAUGAACGUACCGUGUCUACCCUUUUUGUUUUAAUCUAACAUUUUAAACUAUAAUUUUAUUGUGUCGCUAUGAUGAAAUUUGAUAAUGUAAUAAAAAUUGCUCAAAACUAUUUUUCGUGUUGUUGGAAUCGAUGUUUUGAUUGUUAAUAUAAGAUGGCAAAUAUGGCUUAGUAGCAUGUAAGUAUUAUGAGUAGCGGUACAGUUAUAUUGUGAUUUAGAGUAAAAUACAUAGUUGACAUUAUGAGAA